AUGGCAAAUGAACGUCACAUGCCGACCGCCCCGAUGAUGGAGCGUUCGUUCAGCCAGAGUGCGAUGCGACAUGGUCCUGGCUCUGCCACAUUUCAGCAUGGGGAUAACGAAGAGAACAAUGGCAGAGUCAUCAACUUCGACAAGCCCGACGAUGAAUACGUGUCAGAAGACCGUGGUGAGGCCCUGAUCCGACAUCGUAUUCGGGAACGUCGACGUGAGAAAUGGCUGAAACAGCGUGAGCGUGAACUUGAGCAAGAAUCAGCCCUCUCUACAACAUCCGAGGGAACAGAUAUCCAUUCCAAGACGAUGCAUCGUCCUGGACCCUCUACAUCGUACCGUGAUACGCCUAUGCGGCACAGCAUGCUCAGCGACGCGGCCGGAUGUAGUAUGGGUCGCGAAUACGACUCUGCUGGGGAAAGUGAACAUGCAGGCCAUGUGAGCUUCACAGAUAUGAUGGACGACUCAGCAAUCCAAGAAUCUAUCGACGAGAACGAGCUGGAAGAUGAUUUGGACGAAAACGAUCUCGAAUACACCGUCAAAGAUCGACAGGACGCCCUGAACAUCGAGCAUCCUUUUGGUCUGCCGAUUUGGAAGCCAGCUCUAUACAAAAAGUCCCGCUCGAUCCAGCGUACUGCCAACUCAGCUGUGCGUUCGAUGCCGGGCUUACACACGGAUCGUGCUUCGUGGCCUGGCAAUUUGCUCUGGUGUAUCGUGUUUGGUGUUUGGUUGAGUCUCCUCUGCUUUAUCUGCUCAGGGAUUUUGUACUUUGUCCCCAAAGGCGGUAUUAUGUACUCUCAUACACUCUAUGGCCUUGGCACAUAUAUUUUAUGGCCUUUCGGCAACUACGUGGAAGUGGAAUGCUCGCAUGCUGGUGGCCACCGCCAUGGACCUUGCCGGCUGCCUACUGUUCACGAACAUGAAGUGAAUAUGGACGAGCAUGAUGAUGCCGGUGAAGUUCCUGAUGAAAAUACACCUUUGAAUUCUGAGCAUCCUCACCAUUCGCUGUAUAGUGGCGUUGAAGACGACACGGCCGAGUCGCCUCUUUCCGAGAAGGAGCGUAUUUCACAAGAGAAGAAAUUGUACCAUUACGUAUUUGAUGAGAAUGGGAAUGAUGUGGGUGUGCCGAAGCGCAUCGGUGGUAUUAUCGUUUAUGCUUUGCUGUACAUCUUUGUGCUUUUCCCUGCGCUGGGACUGGUCUGCCUGCUCUGCUGGAGCUUUGUGUUCACGAUCCCGAUGGCCAAAGUGAGCUGGUUGCUGCUGAAGAACAUGGCCAAGCAGCCUCUUGCGUUGCAUUUCCGCUCCCCCUUGCACAUCGACACACGUGUGCUCAAGGUGAAGGACUCGGAUGAGCCGGAGCAAAUGCGGCAGGUGUUGCACCCAGGCAAUCUUGCUCCUCGCAUUAAGCGUCAGCACCGCAAGAAGGGCACAUCCAAGCGUCGCAGUACCAUCUUAUUGUGCACCUACAAGGCCAUGGGCAGGGAGUACUUCAAGUACACGGUAGGCGGUGUGAACAUUCUCUUUGUGAAUACGGUGCCUGUGGUGUUUUUCACCAUCAUCCUUUUCUUCCUCGUGCGGCCAUAUUGUCUGCGUCAUGGACUUAAGGAGGGUCUGCUGGGUACACUCAUCUCGGAUGGUCUUAUCUUUGGGUUGUCUUUGGCGAGUGUGAUGCCUCUGUCGUACUUCAUUGGUAUGGCAGUGGCAAGUAUCAGUACGCAGAGCAGUAUUGGAAUGGGUGCUGUGAUCAACGCUACGUUUGGUUCUAUUAUUGAGUUGAUUCUUUACUCGCUCGCGCUAACAGAAGGCAAGGCUAGCUUGGUCGAGGGCUCGAUUAUCGGUUCGAUUCUGGCCGGUGUCUUGCUAAUGCCUGGCACGAGCAUGUGCUCGGGUGCGAUGCGGCGCAAGGAACAAAAGUUCAACUCGCGCUCCGCUGGUGUAACGAGUACGAUGCUGAUCAUGGCCAUCAUCGGUAUCCUCACACCGACCCUCUUUUACCAUAUUUACGGCAAAUUUGAGAUGGCAUGCUCUGGAUGCCCCAAUGACGUCAACUCGGCGGCCGAUAGCUGGAAGUGCGAUCAGUGCUCUUUCCAGCGCAUGUCCCCGCUAGACGACCCCUUCUUUCAAACCAAUGUCAAAGGUCUCGUCUAUGCCUGUGCUGUGGUUCUACUCCUGGCAUAUGGUAUCGGUUUGUGGUUCUCUCUGCGUACACACGCAUCGCAAAUUUGGAAUAGCACUCCGAAUAUUGGGCCGGAAGCCAUCCAUCCACUGCACCGUGCUGCUAUGUACAAACGCCUACUGCAUGCGAAUGAGGAGCAAAGUUUGCCGUUGCACCAGGAUGCAGCCUCUCAGGAGCGUAUGCCUACGGCUGGCCCCUCCAAGGGCCUGAAGGCCGCGAAUGCAGCUGCCUCGGCUGCGUUAGCGGCCAAGACCAUGUCGUCGUCUGUCCCUGACCUGCCCUCAGACAACAAACCUACGAGUUCGGCGCCUGAGGACACGGCCAAGCCUAAACUGAGUCCAGAAGAUGCGUUGGCUGACGCAGCUGCGCGUAUGUACCAAUACAUCUUCAGCCAGCAAAAGCAACAACCCAGUCAAGACGAAGAGGAGACUGAGAACGAGGGAGGUGGUGGCCAUGAUGGGCCGUCCUGGAGUCGUGGCUUCUCGCUGAGCGUCCUGCUGGGAUGUACGGUUCUCUAUGCUGUUAUUGCCGAAAUUAUUGUCGACUUGGUCGAUGUGGUGAUUAAUGGCUCUGGUCUCUCGGCCAAGUUUGUGGGCGUGACCAUCUUUGCGCUUGUGCCCAAUACCACCGAAUUUAUGAAUGCCAUGAGUUUUGCGCUGAACGGCAACAUCGCCCUGUCUCUUGAGAUUGGAUCUGCGUACGCACUUCAAGUGUGCUUGAUUCAAAUUCCUGUACUGGUGGGCUUUAGUGCUCUGUACAAUUCUUCCUACAUGCCGCAAGAAGGUUUUGAUAUGGCGGCUCACUCCUUCACGCUUCUCUUCCCACGCUGGGACAUCAUUGCUAUUGUAUUUUCCAUUUUCCUCCUCACCUACACCUAUAAUGAGGCACGCAGUAACUACCAUCGCGGCAGUAUUCUUGUGCUGGCCUACGUUGUGUUUGUGCUUGGUUUCUUCUUUGCGCCGGACUUUGACCCUGAAGACCCAGCGCAAGCCGGUGUACGUCGCUUCCCUGCAUAA